AUGAACUCGACCACAGCCCAGCAGGCUUUCUACAGUUCACAGACCUCAGGACAAUGGGCCGAUGUGCCUCCGGUGGGAGUCCGUGGAGGUUACACUGGCUUCGGAAAUAGUGGCGGAGGCGCGACCGCUACGAAUGGAUACGAGUACGGUAGUCAGGCCGUUAACGGUUACACGAUCCCACCACCAGGAUAUGGUCAAACAAUGACUUUCACCUCGAACAGUGGUCCACCUCCUAGCUACCAGAAUGGCUAUCAGCCGCAACAACAGAAUAUGUAUUCUCAAAAUGGCUACACGCAUCCACCAUGUGGAUUGAAUGGCAUGACUUCGGAUUAUAGCAACGGUGUCACGGCAGGCUAUGUGACGAAGGGUUUCGGUGGCACGUUCGAUCCAAAGGACAAGAACUGGUCCCGUGAUUUUCGGUGGGCAAAAACUGGAAUAGGUCAGACGGCCGGCACUGAUUCUGUUGAAAAGCAACUUUUCAAUAAUAUGAAUAGUGGCAUCAAUUUUGACAAUUACGAAAGCAUUCCUGUUGAAGUGAGCGGCGAAAACCCUCCGGAGGCGAUUACUGCUUUCACCGACGCUAACAUGCAUGAGUGGAUUCAACAAAAUGUCGACAAAAGUGGCUACAGGAAGCCUACACCAGUUCAGAAAUAUUCACUUCCCACACUAUUGGGCAAUCGUGACCUCAUGUCUUGUGCUCAGACUGGAUCAGGAAAGACGGCUGCAUUUCUAUUGCCGAUCAUUCACCAUAUUCUGGUUAACGGCCCCGAAGCAAUCCGUCCGGUAUCGUUACAUUUGAUUCGCUUCGUUGUAGUUGAAAUUAUAUGGUAU